AUGAGCCAAAGACACAUAGAGUCUCCUAUAACCAGAGACUUACCUCACUCAGCUAAAGAGCUCUUUAUCGGUUGGGCUCCCAAAGCAUACAAAGAGUUUAGCCUUUUCAAAAAGCCACAGGUCGAUGAUGACACGGUUUUGGAGGAAAGCGGCGAGGUAUCCACAGACGAAGAGCGUCCCAAGCGCGACAAAUACUGGGCUAUUGUGACCACUGGUGCUGGGUUGUUCUCGGACGGUUACAUUAAUAACUCUAUCAGCACGGUGUCUACGUGUCUGUCGUACAUCUACGGGGAUGCGUACAGCGAGUCGCGCGCGAUCCAGAAUGUUUCGUCGAUCGCGUUCGCCGGUACCGUCGUGGGCCAGCUCACGUUCGGUUACAUCUCGGACUACCACUCACGGAAAACCGCGAUGAUCGCUGGUACAUUGAUCCUGAUCCUAUUCUCCAUUCUGUGUGCGGGUGCCUGGGGUGUCGGCACCACGGGUACCAACCCGGGUGGGCUGUUUGCAGCUAUCACAGCCUACCGUUUCUUCUUGGGUAUUGGUAUCGGAUCUGAGUACCCUGCAGGGUCCACUGCCGCUGCAGAGGCCUCCAACCUACUUCCUGCAGGUAAGAGAAACAGAUGGUUCUGCUGGUUUACAAACUUCAUGAUCGACUUUGGUUUUGUCGUCAGCUCUGUCGUUCCGCUUGUCAUGCUACGUAUCUGCGGUGAAAAGCAUCUAACCCCAGUGUGGAGAGUCACGCUGGGUCUUGGUGCCAUCCCACCAAUUUCGCUCUUCUUCUUGCGUCUCAAAUACAAAGAAGGCCAGCAGUACGAAAAGAGCAGAUUCAACCAUGUCAUGCCUUACUGGAAAGUCAUUAAGUUCUACUGGUUUAGACUAACCAUUGUCUCCAUCAUUUGGUUUUUGUAUGAUUUCUCAGCAUACGCUUUCGGUACUUACUCUUCUGUUAUCAUUAACAAGAUCUUGGGCGAAGACACUUCCUUAGUUAAGUCUUUUGGUUGGAACAUCGUCUUCAACUUGUUUUACAUCCCCGGUGCUUUCCUCGGUGCCAUUUUUGCAGACUACUGGGGUCCUCGUAACACUUUGGUUGUAGGUGUGCUGUUACAAGCCAUGGUCGGGUUCAUUAUGGCCGGUUGCCUAGAGACCUUGCGGAAGAACAUUGCCGGUUUCACCGUUGCCUUUGGUAUCUUUGCCACUUUGGGUGAGUUUGGUCCCGGUGAUAACAUCGGAUGUCUGGCCUCAAAAACCAGUGCCACCCCUAUCAGAGGCCAUUAUUACGGUAUCGCCGCAGCUGUUGGUAAGGUUGGUGCCUUCGUAGGGUCUUGGGUGUUUCCUGAAAUCAUUAAGAAUGCCGGUGGGUCCAGUACCACUUCGGGUCUGCAAGCUCCAUACUGGGUGGCCUCUUCCUUAUGCUGUUUCUCUGCAUUUUUAGCAUUAUUUUUCCUACCAGCUGUCGACCAAGAUGCCAACGCCAAGGAGGAUGAGCUGUUCCUGGAAUACUUGAGAAGCACCGGUUAUGACGUUUCGCUCUUGGGUCAUCAUGCCGACUCAGAAGACUACGAGGGUGGUAAGAUUGUUUCGCAUAUGACAGAAUCUUCCGAUCCUAGUGAUUCUAAAGAAAAAGUAGUCAUCCACUAG